AGGGAGGGUAGGAGCGAGGCCGCCACGUGGGUUGCCAGGGCCUGGGCGACAGGUCGGGCCUAAGAGACACACGCUGAGGAGAGCUCCUGCCUGCGGAGGCGGGAGCUGAGGCUGUCCCUCACCCCACUCCUGACUUUAGCAGCCUUUGCUUCCAGUUCAUUCACUUGUCAAUAAUUGGCUGCUGAAUGCUUGGGUUGUCCAACAGGUUAAAAAGACCAAGUUUCUCACUGUGUUUCUUGGAAGUGCAGGCCUGGGCCUCUGGAGACUCUGAUUUCACCACUAAUUAGUUGUGUGUCACCAUCAGGAGUUUCUUUCAAUGGUCUCAUCUUUUAAGUGGAAGAGCCUGAUCUACCCAGCUUUUACACCAUCAAGUGGAUGGGUCUGACUCCCUUCUCUUCCUUUGUGACCUCAUGGUCACCAAAAUACAUUAAUGAGUUCCAGAAUGGACAGACAGCUAUCCCUUCAAGAAGCUGUUAUGACUUCUUGUCAUUCAUAUUACUUUGGAAAAGAAAGGACUUCUAAGAAUCUGGUGAAAAACAACCCCUUUCUUGGGGUAGGGUUUGCAUUCCCUUCUUGCUUGAAGACAGACAAUGCCAAAGAAAGUGAAGCCUGCAGGGAAUGGGAAGGAAGAGAGUCCUGUUCCCUGUAAGCAGGUGAAAGUGGAGGCAGCUGGUGGACCUUCCACCUUAAACUUUGAGAGCCCCAGUGGUCUCUUUGAAAGUCUGAUUUCACCCACCAACAUAGAGACAUUUUUCAAGGAGUUCUGGGAGCAGAAGCCACUUCUCAUUCAGAGGGAUGACCCUGCAGUGGCAGCAUACUACCAGUCCCUAUUCAGGCUGACAGAUUUGAAGAGUCUGUGCAGCCAGGGUAUAUACUAUGGAAGAGAUGUGAAUGUCUGUCGGUGUGUCCAUGGGAAGAAGAAGGUUUUAAAUAAAGAUGGAAAAGCACACUUCCUUCAGCUGAGAAAAGAUUUUGAUCAGAAAAGGGCAACAAUUCAAUUUCACCAACCUCAGAGAUUUAAGGAUGAGCUUUGGCGGAUCCAGGAGAAGCUGGAAUGCUACUUUGGCUCUUUGGUUGGCUCCAAUGUGUAUAUAACUCCUGGAGGAUCACAGGGCCUACCUCCCCACUAUGAUGAUGUUGAGGUUUUCAUCCUGCAGCUGGAGGGAGAGAAGCACUGGCGCCUUUACAAACCCACAGUGGCCCUGGCACGUGAGUACAGCGUGGAGGCUGAGGCCAGGAUUGGCAGUCCAACACAUGAGUUCACAUUAAAGCCAGGUGAUUUAUUGUACUUCCCCAGAGGGACUAUUCAUCAGGCGGACACUCCUUCAGGGCUGGCCCACUCUACUCAUGUGACCAUCAGCACCUACCAGAACAAUUCAUGGGGAGAUUUCCUUUUGGACACCAUUUCAGGGCUUGUGUUUGAUACUGCAAAGGAAGAUAUAACAUUACGGACUGGAAUACCCCGGCAGCUGCUCAUGCAGGUGGAAACCACAACAGUUGCAACAAGAUUAAGUGGCUUUUUGAGGACUCUUGCAGACCGGCUGGAAAGCACCAAAGAACUGCUUUCAUCAGACAUGAAGAAAGAUUUUGUUAUGCACAGACUCCCCCCUUACUACACGGGAGAUGGAACAGAGCUGUCGAUACCAGGUGGAAAAUUACCAAGGUUGGACAGCAUAGUGAGUCUGCAGUUUAAGGACCACAUCAUCCUUACAGUAGGGCCAGAUCAGGAUCAAUCUGAUGAAGCUCAAGAAAAGAUGGUUUACAUCUAUCAUUCUCUAAAGAAUAGGAGAGAAAUACACAUGAUGGGAAAUGAGGAGGAAAUAGAGUCUCAUGGACUUCGUUUCCCUUUUUCACAUGUGGAUGCACUGAAGCAAAUUUGGAAUAGUUCAGCAAUUUCUGUCAAGGACCUGAAGCUUACUACAGAUGAGGAAAAGGAAAGCCUGGUAUUAUCCCUCUGGACAGAAUGUUUGAUCCAAGUAAUCUAGUGAUGUUAUAGAAUCAAAUAACUGCUGUUUUACAUGCUCAUUUUUAAAUUUUUUUAAUGGGAAGUUGGGUAGGAGAAAAUUGUCAACCGUCCUUACUUAUUAAUAUAUGGGAACAUGGAAGGGGGGAAAAAAAACAAAACAGGAAAUUACAAGGUGUCCCAGAAUGUGACAAAACCAUAUUUUUGACAAAUUUAUUUAAUCCAGUGUGGUAGAAAAGGCACAACUCCAAAAAUGUAUCAUGUAGAACUAAAAUGUCAUUAACCUUU